CUACGAGCGUCUGUGAUCAAACGUCGACUGAUUCGGAGUCCGGACGAGGGAGAAACGAAGCAUUAAACAGAGGCUGAGCAAGCCACACGGGCACGCCUAAAAACCCACACGGCCGUGUGACCUGGCCAUGUGGCCGUGUGGAAAUCACCGAGCCUCACACGGGCAUCUGGGAAAGUCACACGGCCGUGUGGCCUGGCCGUGUGAUCGGGAAUUUCUUGUUAAAACCCGAUUUUCAGCAAAAGGAAAGGGGAGAGCUCGGUUUUGGUUCCCAAACACCCAAGGGACGAACCCUAGAGAGAGAGCGACUUGGGAACAUUCUUGGAGCUAUUUUGGAGGAUUUAUUCGCCAUUGGAGCUCGGGAAACAAGCUUGGAGAUGGAGAUUGAAGAUCUAGAUCAGAUUUCUGCAGUCUCUCUCUUCUCUAUGGAGUAACUUCCCUUCACUUAGGUUUUGAGGAACCCUAGUUCCAUGUGUUAGGAUCUUUCUUGUAUGAAGUUUUGGAUGUUAUAUUGUUUGUUUAUAAUCGAUUGAGGCAUGACUUAUUGAGUCAAUUGAAUCUUGAUCGAAUUCUCUUGAUUUCUGCUUUAACCUAUGAUAGAUAGAAUCUGAUUAGGUUAAGAGAACUUCCUUGAUUGAUAGUGGUGAAUUGGUUGUGCGAGAGUCAAUCAAUUCACUGCUUUGUACUGGAAUUCUUUCCAGUAGUGGAGAUCUGUGUGAAUCGCCUGAGCAGUCUAUCCCGGUGAAGGCUAGUCGCCUGCCGGGUAUUCUGUCUAAGAGGGCUUGGUCAGCUUAAGAGAUUCCAAGCUAAUUUAGGAUCUUCCGCAGUUUAAUCAACAGUAGAUCAACCAAAGGUAAUUGCAACUUGGACCUAAUUGAGGAGCUAGGGGGAAUCAUACCUAAGUGAGUUCCCAAUUUGUAAUUAGUAGAGUAGUUAGUAGAGUAGUUUAGUAAAUCAAUCCUUAAUCUAGUUUGCUAGAUAAUGAACUGAAGCUGAGUAAUAGUAACUCUAGAGACCCGUGGAUUCGAUAUUUAUUACUUGUGCCACUAUACUGCAGUCCCUUUCAUUGGUUACACUUGGCCAUUGUUAGGUGUUGUGUCAUAGCGUGUCAGAGUCUCUCAUUCGAGUCCCAUUCCUUCACUCCCCGUCGGUUGGGUUACGGCGCUACUGAAUUUCGAAAAGCUUCAGCGUUUUCAACCUAGCAAUCAUUUUUAUUGUUCAAUUUUUGGAUUUUCAAUCUUCUUCACAGGCGGAUAGGAGUUGAAAACCGGUCGGGCGGCUCAAAUGGCUCGAGUGGUUAACCGCUUUGGCCGCUCGCCAACCGUUCAUUCUGACAGCUGCGGUUUUUAGACUUAUCCGAGCUGGUUUGGUGACAGGGUGACGGUUUUACCAGUUGGACCGACCGGCUCUGCUCGGUCUUAAUAACACUGCUAUUUUCCAAGGAUGAUAAGUUCAUUAAGCACUAAUUUCGGCCAAUUUAUUUUCAGAUGGCAUUUUCGUAAUUUUUUGGUUGACAAAAGACCAUUUUCUUUGGAUUUUGAAGGCUACAGAUCACAAAUUCGCCCUGAAGAUAUUCUUCAACGAUGAUUAAGUCCAUUAAGCACCGAUUUGGGCGGAUUUAUUCCGGGUCAAUUUAUGGCAGAUUCCAAAGGGGUACCAUCACAGUUUUGGGGCGAUUUUUCCGAAAUGUCAUUUUCUUUCGAUUUUGGAGGCUUCAGAUCACGGGAUCUGGCUGAAGCUAUUCUCCACCGAUAAAGAAGUCUAUUGAUGCUAUUCUCCAAGGAUGAUAAAUCCAUUAAGCACCGAUUUCGGCCAAUUUAUUUUCGGAUGACAUUUUCGUAAUUUUUUGGGGACGAAAGACCAUUUCUUUGGAUUUUGAAGUCUACAGAUCACGGAUUUGGCCUGAGGCUAUUCUUCAACGAUGAUUAAGUACAUUAAGCACCAUUUUGGGCGGAUUUAUUCCGGGUCAAUUUUUGGCAUAUUCCAAAGGGGUACUAUCACAGAUUUGAGAGAUUUUUUCGAAAUGUCAUUUUCUUUCAAUUUUGGAGGCCACAGAUCGCGGGAUUAGGCUGAGGCUAUUCUCCACCUAUAAUGAAGUCUAUUGAUCAUU